AUGACUCAGUCACCGCCCCAUGAUGCUUCUCCUGCUGCCUCCACUGUUUCCAGCUCUCUCACUGGCACUGGACUUCCUGCUCCUCCCCUGGCUACGAAUGACUCGCCUGUUCCUCUUCCUGCUGUCCCCGUUGCCUCUUCCACUGCCUCCUCUCUUCCCGGAUCCAGGACCCCGACUUCAUUGCUACCUCCUACCUCUAGUGCACCUUCCUCUGGCCAUGAUACUGACGAGUCCGCGCCUUCCCCUCUUCCACGUGCCGACGAGAUGCCAUCGUCAACAUCGUCUUCCCUGUCUCUGACACCAUGGCAUGCACCGAAUCAUCCUGCACACGCACCUUUCAUGCAAGUCAAUGGUCCCAACUGCGACAUUCCCUGUGCCGACAUCUCUCGUACGCUCACGGUAUUGAGAUCGAGACCACGUCAAACUGGUGCUCCCACUGCCGAUCUGCCAUCCCGACGAGAGUCUCCAGCCACCCCUGCUUCAAUGACCGACCAGUGA